CGCCACAACGUGACCAAACAUGCCAAGAAAUACAACAACUUGUCUGAUCAAGAGCGGGCAAGAGAGUCGGGUGGUUUGCUCGCUAAGCUGCAUAACCAGCAAAGACUUUUUACUAAACUUCACAUAUCCAGAGAUGCAGAUGUCAAGACAAGUUAUGUCGUUUCCCACAAAAUCGCCAGAAACAGUAAACAGUUUUCUGAUGGAGAGUUUAUUAAGGAGUGCUUGUUAGACUCUGCAGAACUAAUAUGCCCGGAGAAAAAGGAGGCAUAUGAGAAUGUGCCCCUCUCCCGACGCACUGUAAUGAGAAGGAUUGGGGACAUCAUGAGAAAUCUGGAGCUUCAGCUGCAGCACAGAGCGGUCAACUUUGACUUUUUUUCCUUGGUUUUGGAUGAGAGCUGCGACGUACGUGACACAGCCCAGUUAGUCAUCUUCGUACAUGGGAUAACUACGGACUUUAAAAUCACAGAGGAGCUGGCAGCCAUGCAGUCAAUGAAAGGAACAACAACUGUCAGAGCCAGUGAAUCUCCCGCAACAGCGUGCGCUUCGAAGCAAGCAGCAUUAAAAUUUGGAUGCUCAGAGACAUGUCCUUGGCCUCUCCUGAUUCUCAACAACAGAAGAUUCCAGAACGAUACAGAACAGAAAGAGAUCGUUCUACCCAUCAUGUCUAUGCUGCUCCUUUGCAGGGGUUAUCCAAUUGGUCAACUGUCCUUUCUUUCCUUAUCGUUCUGCUACCUUUCGAAAUACAAUGUGGAUCCACUUUGCUUAGUAAUAUCAUUUAUGGGCCUAAACUCCUAUUUUGCAUGUAUGUUGACUGAAAUCCAGCUCUACUUCACCACCUACCUCUCUUGACCCCCUCAUUAUCUCUGAACUGCUAGGUCAACAACCAAUUGGUGAGCUGUUCCAAUUAAAAACUGAGAAGAUAAAGGCCAUUGCCCUUAGCUCGUGUUGUAGGUCGUGUUCUCCACCAGUAAUUCCAGGGUCCCCUGACCAUUGUGUCAGGGAGAACCAAACCACUUGCAACCUUGAUUCCUUGUUUGAUCCUGAGCCGAACUUGUAAUCCUAAUUGCUCUCCAUCACAAAGACUAUCUUUUUUCACAUUACAGUCCAGCAUUAUAAAUCUUAGUAACAAAUUAGAAAAAAAUAACAAAAUAAAAUGUUCAGCCCUUCCAAGCCUGGCACCUACCCUCCAGUCCACCCAGGCCUUGACUCCAGAUCACGCUGGCUUCACCUCAAGACUCUCGAGGCUGGAGGAUUGCUCUUGAAUUAUCUUGAGCCUUGAAGUCCACACUGAGGCAACACUAGGCUGAGAGACCAUGUCAGGCCGAUAGAUUGUCAGGUUGGGUAUGCACUGAGGCCGGGAGUUCACGACAUUGCUGAGAAGAGGUUCAUAAGCAAUCUCUUGUCUGUGCUUUAGUUUAAUGGCUGUUGGAACAUUUCUUCACCUCUUUCUUACCUCUGGACCCUUACCUAGCAGAUUCCAAAGGUGCCAUUUUUUUGUUCCAAUUCUAAAACCACAUGCCUCUACCCGUUUCCAAAUCAGGAAUCCACCCAAUCCCUCUGAAUACUUCAUCAGUGCCAGGACAAAUUACACUAAAACAGCAGGUUUAUUUCUUAGAUAUGAGUUAUUGCUUAGAAGUUCUAAGUUACACCUUAGAAUUGUCUCCUCUGUUUUUUCUGUCCAAGUUUGCUGCAUAGUACCAUCUUACAGCCAAUUUAUUGAUUCUUCACUUUGGUUUAAAAGCCAUGAAUCAAUUCCUGCCAAAAUCUAAUCCCUUCUUAAAUUGAUGCAGUAAACAUUAAAUUGUACAGAAAAAAUCUUGAUAAUUUGAUACAUGUGUAAUUACAUUUUUUUCCUUUUCAAGUAUCAUACGCACUGAGAAGUAUUCUCAUGUAUCAUAUCAUCACUGUCUUUCAGUUUAAUAUAUUGAUCACAGUUGUGUAUAUUUUUCUCACUGUACAAUUAGUUGUAAACUACUUCUCCAACAGAAAACAGUUUGAAAACAUUUUCUGAACUACUCUGAAAAUAUCAUGUAUGCAGGAACGUGUCGAUUCAAGAUUGAUCUUUGAAGUCCAAAUAAUCAGUUUUACUUUUAGUUUUUUGCAUUGAGCUAAAUCGUAAUGCAAAAGUCCUCUAUCAAUAGAUGGUUAAUGUUCCUUUUUUUUGUAACACGUGGAAUUGUAGUUAUUUGUUAAUAGCGAGACUGCAUCACCUAUGAGUC